AUGGAAAAAGCGAAGACCAUUGAAAAAGAGAGCAGAGGAGACUAUGAAAGUAUGUUGAAGAAACGAGUGUCAACUAGAGCUUUGAAGACCAUGGGACAUGUCCAUCCUUCGAAAGAUGAUGCUAAAGACAUUUUGGUGAUGCAAAAAGUGGGUCAAGAUAUAUUGCCUACAAAGGAAAAUUUCAUCAUAGCUCACUUACAAUAUUCAUGCAUGCACUGCUGUGAAGUGAUAACGUGUGGGAAGCGGUGGUUUUGCACUGAAUGCAAGAAAUUUCAAGAGUGUGAAAGAUGCCAUAGUUCAAAUGAGCACACCUUAAAGAAUGGUGAAGUGCAUCCUCUUUAUCAGGUCAUUGUUGAUGAUAUCCCCUCCAGCACUAAGCAUAAUGAUACCAUCCUUGAAAAUGAUUUAUUUAAAGAUAGGGACAUCUUUUUGAGCUUCUGCCAAAAGUAUCAGCUUCAGUUUAACACACUACGACAUGCUAAGUACUCCUCAAUGAUGAUCGUGCACCAUAUAAGCAAUCCAAGUCAUAUGACUUUUGGAAAAUGUUGUAGUAUCUGUUGCGCACACAAUGUGUUCCAAAAGUGCUGGAAAUGUGAGAUUUGUCCAGAUUGUAUCAUUUGCUCUGCAUGCUAUAAGGAUAGAGGUGUUAACUGCCAUGCACACAAAUUGACUCAAAAUGAACACAAAUCAACUCAAAAUGAACACAAAUUGGCUGUACUGAAACAGAAGAAAUUUUUCAAAUAUGUAUCUCAACUUCGGAAUCGUAGGUCAAGUGGAAAAAUGAUGCUAAAAUACGAGAUGACUUUGAAGCAUUUAUAUCAAUGUCCCAGAACUAAUGCUAAACCGUGCCCAAAUACAUCAUGCCGUCAAUUAAUGAGGUUGUUCAAUCAUGUCAAAAUGUGCAAAACUCAUAUUGAAGGGGGGUGCGGGCAUUGUAGAAAGAUAUGGAGUAUAUUAGUUUCUCAUUCCAUGGAUUGCAAAAGCUCAGAAUGCAAAAUACCAAAGUGCAGUGAGUUGAAGAAGCUUUUAGAAUUUAGAGGAAUGCGUUCUAAAUAA